AUGAGCUUGCUGUUGGGUAGGUUGGCUCCCUUGGUUCCCUUGGCAUGGUCUGUGGUCUAUCUGUCGACAAUUGUGUUUGUUGUUCGGCUCUCUGUGAGGAAGAAAUAUGUUCGAUUGUCAACACCCAUCAUUUGCACUGCUGGUGGCAAAAAGGAAGGACUGCGCUAUUACAAGAUGGGGUCAGCUGUUGCAUCUCCACUCCAGGCACUAACUGCAGUUCUGUGGGGCGAGGCCGUGACUGGAAAGCUGAAAAAGACUCUGGGUUCUUCGGAAAGUAUCACUGAAGACGAUUUGAAACGAGUUCAGAUCGGAACAAUCUGUGGCAUGUUUUCCGCUGUCUUUGCUUACUUGACAGCCCACUUUAGUAUCUUGACACAUGAAGCCAUCCACGACGUUGUCUUUGUCCUUUGUAUGAUCUUUGGAUGGAUAUGGUGCAUCGCCGUAACCUACUACACCAACAACAAUUCGCCAGCCACCAGGGCCCAUCACAACCUUUUCGAUGUACGACGGUUACUGCUGUGCGUCAACUGGAUUUGCAUCCUAUCCGCAGCUCUACUAAUGGAAUAUGGAAGACGUAUCAAACAAAAACUGAAGAAAAAACAACAAUUUUUUGACAAAGACAACUUUUGGGCCGAGCCAGACUCUGGUGUUGCUUCCUCAAGCCGAGGGAAAGUGGAUACUCUUCUUCCUUGGGAUCCUUGUAUCCAGCGUGCGGCAAUUCUCUCCUACGUUGCACUUGCUGCAUUCGUCGGAUUGGUGAUCUCCACGACUGUCGAAUUACAACAACAAUCGUUCCAGGAUGCACAAUGA